AUGAGUUCGCAGCGUGGUAAUAUGAAGAAACGUGCGCCCAAGCAUCAGAAUUCGUUUGCAUUCAAGCACAAUCCUAAGUCUAAAAAGACGGAGCGUAUUAUGUCGAUGCCUAUCCAUGGACUUUGUGAGAAAUGCCAUCAACAAAUCGAGUGGCGCAAGAAGUAUCGCAAAUACAAGCCUCUUACUCAACCAGGCUCCUGCAUUUUCUGUCAUCAAAAGAACGUGACGUCUGCCUAUCAUUCUUCCUGUGAUUCAUGUGCCAAGGAACGAGAUAUCUGUGCUAAAUGCUGUUUGACCAAGGAGAUCGUUGCAAGUGAACAAGAAUUGCUAGCAGAACAUGAGAAGAAGGAGCGAGAAUUUGAAAGCUCAUUGGAAGGAAUGCGUGAACGUGAUCGUCGUGCUUACGUACGCAAGUUGGACAAGGAAAAAGAGGCAAUUACGACCGGACAAGGGGCUCUGACCAUAGACGAGGCGAGAGAUGCAGUAGACCCGCUUUUGAAUUUUGAUCAAUAA